GAAUGGAGUGGAGUGGUUAAGACCAUAUAUCGAUCAUCGCUCGUCAAAAACAAACCGACACGAAGCAAAGCGGCAAAAAGUUACGAACAUAGACGUAUUUGCAAAAGCCGACUCUGAGUCUAAGACAAGCGGUGUAAACAAUACUUCUAGUGGUUUGAAUAGCGACGAAGAGCAUUCGAUAACUGAAGAGACAUAUUCGAUUGAGGUUAUGCAUGAUUUAGUUGAUGAAAGUGACGUACAGACAUUGCAUGAUAUGAUUUCUGAAACUGAUGAUGACAUAACUAUUGGUGACAAGACUGAUGCUGACUUUGUACCUAAAUCCAACAAAAGUAAAGCCAGUAAGAGAAAGAGAGCUUGGAAUGAAGCAAACAAAGCGCCAACAAAAGUGGAAAUGGACAAAGUGCUUUACAAUGCUGCAAAGUCAAUUGAAAACCAUUGA